CUGUCAGAACCAAACAUUGGACUACAUAUGUACUAUUACCAUGAAAAAAACAGUUCAAGUGUACAGCACCAGGCUUACAAGCGUUUGCUGAAGACAGUAGGAAGAAUGUUUUCGCGGUCGAAUUUUUCUGAUGACAAAAUGAUGGCCAUCUACGAUUUCGAAAAAAGCAUAUUCAAAAUUUUCAAGGAGAACUAUGAAACACAGAGCCGCAAGUUAACGCAUUUUGCAGGGAGUAAAAGUCGCCAGAGACGAACUAGCGACCCCCAAGAACCUCACAUGUCGCUCUUAUUAUUUAGCAACGUAUCUGGAAUGCCUUUGCCAUUUUUACAGAAAACGCUUAGCAUCAUUUUUAAAAGAGAUUUUUCAGGAAAAGAAGAAAUAAGAUUUAAUCCAGUUACCAAUACAAAGCUCUGGAGGAACCUGUACAUAUUGAUCCAGGAAACAAAUGAAUCAGUGGUUGUGGAUUAUAUGAUGUGGCAAGUUAUCAGGAAAUAUUUGAAGGCAGUUCCUGAAUUGUACAACUUAACGAUAUCAGAGUUUCACCAAACUGCAAACAACAAAACAACUGUCGACCAGCUAAGAUCRAAGCAAUGUAUUUUGAUAAUGUCAUCUCCCUUUGACAGUACUUUGGGCUUUUUAUACCUUGAAUUGGUUAUAAAAAAUGAUCCGAAAAAGAAGAUAGAAAAAGUGUUUGAAAACAUUCGUUCAUCUUUCAUUGCUCGACUGGAAAAAGAUACAUGGAUGGAUCCCCGAACCAAAGAAAACGCCAAACAAAAGGCACUUGCAAUGAAAGGCAACAUAGCGUAUCCAUCUUACAUCAAGAAUCCAUCGGAACUCGAAAAGCGAUAUCAAUCGCUACACAUCACUGACAACUUUUUCCUAAACUACAAAGCCAUAUCCCAUUUUAGUGCAGUGAAAAGCUUAAAUACUUAUGGCACACCAGUUGACAGAAGCGAAUGGACGCCCGACAAAAUAUAUGUUAUGAAUGCCUUUUACAUUGCAGACAGCAAUAAAAUAGUUGUUCCUGCAGGAAUAAUACAACCGCCAUUUUACAGCCCUGAUUUUCCUAUGUACUUGGUCUAUGGUGGAAUAGGGAUGGUAAUAGGCCAUGAAAUCACACAUGGGUUUGAUGGAUUAGGCCGUAAGUAUGGUAGCAAUGGUAAAAAAGAGGAUUGGUGGUCAAAGUCUUCAUCACAAAGCUUUAAACAAAAGGCAAAGUGUCUCGAAGAGCAAUAUAACAAAUAUCCCGUUUUUGGCAAAAAUAUCAAUGGAUCUCUCACUUUGGAUGAAAACAUCGCGGACAAUGGUGGCAUCAGGCUCGCUUACGAGGCCUAUCAGCGCUGGAAAAAAGAAAACGGUUCUGAGAAAAUACUUCCUGGUCUAACAUUAAGCCCGGAUCAGUUAUUUUUCGUGGGAUUCGCUCAGCUGUGGUGUAGUAGUUUUAAUGAAGCAAGUGCUGAUUAUAGUACGAAAUAUGACCCUCUACAUGCAUUUCCCAAAUACAG